AAACAGGGUGGGCUCGGUAUAACAGUGGCUGCAUAACAAACGGCUCACUGAGAGAUAUGUAGUGCACUCAGUAGAACGUAACAGCCGUUAUUUCAUAGCCUAUAUAGUGCGCUUGUAUAGGGAGUAGUCACGUGAUUGGGAUUCCAUUUCCACUCCCUCCAACCCGUCUAGAAGCGGGCUGACCUCUGACAGAGCGCCGCUUUCCGGCUCGCAAACACGGAAGCAGCAUGGCGUCAAACACCGAUCUCUCCGAGCGCCAAAGAAGUGCACGGCAAAGACUGAGAAUUAUAGCCGGCCAUUUGCAGAAAAGCGAGGGAAAUGAGCACACGGCGUUAUCCGCACAAGAGUGUAAAGCCGAGACGCCCAGGUCCAACGCUGCUAAAGUGACCGCGGUGCCGAAAAGAAGGCAAGAAAUAAUGAAGUGGAAUGGCUGGGGUUACAGUGAUUCCCGUUUUCUCUUUAACAAGAAAGGCCAGGCAGAGUUUACAGGCAAAAGGUAUCGGCUAAGUGGUCUGAUUCUCCCCAGUCUGAAGGACUGGUUUGAGGGUACAUUUGGUGCCAACCUACAACAUAAAUCCCCAGCGACAGCCAGUUUGAAUGUGAGUGCAGUCCCACCCCCAACCCUGAACGAGCUGUUUGUGGAGGAGCUGAAGGCUGCCGGUGUGGCCCUGUCAACUGGCCCAGAGGACAGAGUGUUCCGUUCUCAUGGUCACUGUCUGCAUGAGGUCUUUGCCCUGAGGGAGGGGAGAAUUGGAAGAAUACCAGACCUGGUGGUUUGGCCAAACUGUCACGAUGAUGUAGUGAAGAUUGUGGAGCUGGCCUGCAAGCACAAUGUGUGUUUGAUACCAUAUGGAGGUGGUACGAGUGUGUCCAGUGCUCUAGAGUGCCCCCCAGAGGAAACUCGAUCCAUUGUGUCUUUAGACACCUCUCAGAUGAACCGAAUAUUGUGGAUUGAUGAGAAAAACCUAACAGCCCAUGUUGAGGCUGGCAUCAUUGGCCAGGACCUGGAAAGGCAGCUGAACGAGAGCGGCUACUGCACUGGACAUGAGCCGGACUCUAUGGAAUUUAGUUCUCUCGGAGGCUGGGUGGCUACACGUGCAUCAGGCAUGAAGAAAAACAUCUACGGCAACAUCGAAGACCUGGUGGUACAUAUAAAGAUGGUGACCCCUAGAGGUGUGAUUGAGAAGAGCUGCCAGGGUCCACGAAUGUCCACUGGACCAGACAUCCACCAUUUCAUCCUGGGCUCUGAAGGCACACUGGGUGUGGUCACAGAGGUUACGAUGAAGAUCCGUCCUGUCCCCGAGUAUCAGAAAUACGGCUCUAUCGUCUUCCCAAACUUCCAGCAGGGCGUGGCCUGUCUGCGAGAGGUGGCUAAACAGAGAUGUGCUCCAGCUUCUAUUCGACUGAUGGACAACGAGCAGUUCCAGUUUGGUCACGCUCUUAAGCCUCAAGUAUCCUCCAUCUUCACAUCGUUUUUGGAUGGGCUGAAAAAAUUUUACAUCACAAAGUUUAAAGGCUUUGAUCCCCAUCACCUGUGUGUGGCUACUCUGCUGUUUGAAGGAGAUCGGGAGAAGGUGCUGCAGCACGAGAAACAGGUUUACGACAUAGCCGCCAAAUUUGGGGGCCUGGCAGCAGGAGAGGAUAACGGACAGAGAGGAUACAUGCUCACCUUUGUCAUUGCUUACCUGCGGGAUUUGGGGAUGGAUUAUUACGUGAUAGGCGAGUCGUUUGAGACGUCAGUGCCUUGGGACAGAGUUUUGGACCUGUGCAGAAAUGUAAAGGAGAGGAUAGUGAGAGAGUGUAAAGAGAGAGGAGUGCAGUUUCCCCCGCUGUCUACAUGCAGGGUAACACAGACCUAUGACGUUGGUGCCUGUGUGUAUUUCUACUUUGCCUUCAACUAUAGAGGUCUCAGCGAUCCAAUACAUGUCUAUGAGCAAGUGGAGCACACAGCCCGAGAGGAGAUUCUAGCCAAUGGGGGAAGCCUGAGUCACCAUCACGGAGUGGGCAAGCUGCGGAAGGAGUGGAUGAGGGAGACUGUCUCCAGCGUGGGGCUGGGCAUGCUCAAGUCCAUAAAGGAUUAUGUGGACCCCAACAACAUAUUUGGCAACAGAAACCUCCUGUAACACCACUUUGAAAAACCUAUUAUUUUUGUUUGUUUGUUUUUUUGUUUUUUUUUCUAAUCACAUAUAGUCCUAUUGGAAUUAAGGCAUACUACAUGCUAAUUUCUAUGUAUGCAAGACAAGCAGUGAUUUAUUUUCAGCUUUUGAUCAACAUCUAAUUCUAUUCCAAUACCUUACCACAAAACUCAGCACAAGACUCAACACUUCCCGCCCUCUCUGUCCCCUCCCACCCCCCUCUUCCUCUGUCCAUUUCCGUCUACACCCCCCUUCUUCACAUUUCAGUUAUACUGCUGUGAGAAAGGUGAAAGUUCAGGCAUGAUGUCUGACGAGUCCGAUUCUUUUAUUGCAUUUUUUUCCCUUCUUCUUUCUUCACAAAUCCAUCGACUGCCAAUGAGAAGUUGCCUUCACAGAAAGUUAGGUCAAGAAAAUUGACUAUGAAACACUGAUUAUAUAAAGAUGAUGUUUGUUUACCCACUUCCCUGUUGAACUCAUUUUUCAUUUCUUGCUGAUCUUGCCAACUUUGGCUUGAUCUAACUUUUGAUAUAUUAAAUAAAAGUAUGUUCCUGUGUAGUUUGUGGGUGUAACACAACUUGCGUGUUGACUGCAUUGUGCUUUUAAAAGCAGUGUGCCUUCUCUUUCUGUCUCUGAGUGGGUGUUGGCCUUCCUUUACCUCACUCCUCCUUUCUUUUCUUUUUUUCUUUUUUUUUCUUUUUUUUAUUAAAAAAAAAAAAGAGUGACUGCAUUUAAACGUCUGCUGUCUCUUCACACAGCUUCUUUGUAUCUCUGCAGUUCUGUACAUCUCCCUUUUGCCUUUUCUAACCGUCUAUUUUUUUUUGCCAGGGUCUUUGUGAACGCUUGGAUGUUUUAUCUAUAGCCCCUUCUGAUAUUUUGAAAUGUUUGUAUAGGUGUCUCUGUUCAGUGUGAACUAUAGGAAACACGUCCAUUCAUAGGAGUUCCACUUUGCUCCUGCAGACUAAGAGAACUUGCUCUAGCAUGGUGAAUGCGUCUAAGCUCCUGACUCAUUCCUUUCUGUGCAGUAAGCUUUAUCAUGGUGUCCUUGGAGAGACCGGUUUAGUUUGAUUUUUUUUUUUUGUGUUUCAUAAUGAAGAUGUGAGACCCCUGUCCUCCUACCAAAGACUUUCAGCCUUUCAGUCCUUUUGGCUAUAUGCAUUCAUACACCUGUAAAUUAUGAAUAUAUGUCAUAUAUCACAUGCAUAUAUUUGUUUAUAAAUGAAGAGUCUAAGAGUCACCAUGAUAAUUUGUAAUUUUUAAGUCUUGUUUUCAAAACAACAUAUGCAAAACGUAUAAUGAUCUGUAAAUAUUAGGGAUUUAAUCACUUCAUCUAGUACUAAUGUUUUGUCCAAGCUCACAAAGAAGCCUGGUUAUGGAUGUUAAUUAGACACUUGUGGGUUUUUAGCUUCUGUGUGAAAAGGUGUCUGUGUGUUUGUAUGAAUUUAUCCAGAUUUCCUAAAUGUCUGUAAGGGUCACGUCUUGUGUUCUUGUUACUUAUGAUUUGCCUUCUCAAUCAAAAUUUAUUUCUGUGCUGAUUUGGCCUAUGCUUUCUCUUUUCUUAGCCUUUCUCACCCUUAAAGGAAAACUCCAGUGUUUUUCAACAUAAUGUCUGUCUACUAAGUGUGUAGCAUAUUUACACAAACAAGAAUUUCAACACACUUGUAUAGAGAAAAGAAUGGAAAAAACCCAUUUAUUCAAAACUCAAAAAAAAAAAAAAAAAAGUCCAAGGGCAGGUGUUCAAAUAAUUGUUGUCCAUACAUAAACUAAAAUAUGUGAAUAUCCAGUCAUGUGAAAAAAUAUGUGCACCCCAUGGAAAUUGUUGCCCUUUUUUUUUUUUUUUUUUUUGUGACAUAUUUGGACAUUUGAUCCUCUUUGAAACAGUGCCUAUUAAUAAAGUUGAUCAACAAAACCACAAGGCAAAGGAGCUUUUUCAAGCAUUUAUUCAACAGAAAUAUCACUAGAUGUGAUGAUAUUCUUUGGAAAAAGUAAAUACAACCUUGGCCUGAGAAGCUACUAUUGCCCCCUAUUGAAGCAGAAAUAACUUCUUGUAGGCGUUUUGCAUAAUUGUCCACCAUGCAAUAUUCUUUCAGUUGCUAGAUGGUUUUCUUGCAUGUACUGCCUGUUUCAAAUCCCCUUGCAACAUUUCAAUGGUAUUCAAAUCCAAGCUUUGAUUAGGCCUUUCCAUAAUCCUCCAUUUCUUCUUUUUGAGCCAUUCCUUGGUGGAUUUGCUAGUGUGCUUAGGAUCCGUGUCUUGUUUUUCGGUUCAACUUCAACUUUCGGACAGAUGGACUCUCAUUAUCUUCAAGCACUCUUUGAUAUGAUUCAGAAUUCAUAGUUGAAUAAAUGAAUGCAAGCUGUCCAGUUGCUGAAGCAGCGAAAAAAACCCAAGUCAUAACAUUUCCACCACUAUAAUUUACAGUUGGUAUGAGGUGCUUCUCCUGAAAAGCUGUCUUUGGUCAGCGCCAAACAUAUCUGCUGUUACUGUGGCCAAACAACUCUAUCUUUGAUUCAUCUGUCCAGAGGACAUUAUUUCAGAAGGCCUGGUGUUUGCCUAUAUGCUCACUGGCAAACUGUAUUAUUGCAAAGGCUUUUUCCUGGCACGCCUCCCAUGCAGGUCAAAUCUCUUUCUGAUUGUAGAAGCAUGCACUUUGACACCAACAGUUGCAAGACUUAUUGGCAGAUCCUGUAAUGAAAUUUUGGAGUUCUUGGAGACUCCUUUUUGCAUCAGACGGUCUGCUCUUGGGCUGAAUUUACUGGGACGGCCAGUCUUAGACAAAUUGGCAGUCGUUUGAAAUCUGCCAAUUUAUUUGCUUAGUAUUCAAAUACUUUGUAGAUUGUAGAAUGAUGUAUUUCAAAUAAUUUGGAGAUCUUUUUAAAUCCCUUGCCAGACUCACAGGCAUCUACAACCGUUUUUUUUGUUGUUUGUUUUUUUUUUUUUUUUUUUUUUUUGAAGGUCUUAUAGAACUCUUUAGAUCUUGGCAUGAUGACACACACACACACCUCAAUAGCAAAGGAAACACCAGACACUAGAUAUGAGAGGGGUAUAAAUAAGACUGGUUCUAAUCACUGGCACCCAAUCUUGAACACCUGAUUCUAAUUUUAUGGAUUUGAAGGUGUGAUAAAUGUAAGGGUGUACUUAAUAUUUCCAUGUGAAUUUUCUGUUUUUUCGUUUAUUCAAAUUACUACAAAAUGUAAAUUUUAGGUGUCAGUUGACAGCAUCACCUUUAUGAUGUUUCAAAGAGGAUCAAAUGUUUGCUUGUCCAAAUGUGUCCCAAAAAACCCCAACAAUUUCUAUGGGGUGUGCGUAAUUUUUCACAUGACUGUAUAGCACAACUUCUCUUUUAAGAAAAGAACAGAUGUUUUUGUAGUGCUCCUACGCAAUCAAACCAAGACCUUUAUGUAAGUGACAGUUUUUCCCUUUUAAACAAUAGUCCUAUCUCUGGAACAAUAAUUCUACAGAAUUAGAGC